UUCCUGUGCGGCUUCCACGACAACGUGUCGUGCAAGGUACGCACGCGGGAGGGCGACUCAGAACCGUAUUUCUUCGACGUCGGCUCCCGGGAGGGCUGCCCCAGCUCCCUAGUGCUCUUCAACUCGUUCCACGCCGCCGUCGACGUCAAGGAGUGCGGGGGGCUGCGUCGUGAGCGCGGCUCCACUGGCAUCCGCAUGGGCUCGCUCCCCGGCUGGCAGUUCAACGCGAGGGUCGGCGGGGUCCCAGGGGCCCGCGCAGCCAAGAAGCUCGACGCACACAUCGCGAUUUUCGACCUGCUGCUGAUUCUCUUCGCGGACGACUUGAACGGCCUCGUGCGGGGGCCCGACCGUGAGCGAGCGGAACAGGACAUCAAGACCGCUCUUGGGAUGUGGGGCGAGGUUGCGAACGGGAAAAAGUUGGGGCGCCUUUGCCUCGGGCCCGGUUCUUCGCAGCAGCGCCCUGACCUCUGCGAGCGGGCCGCUCGAUUCAUCGGAGCUUGGCUUCGAGACGGUGGAGGGCGCGAGGUUGAUGCGAGCGAGCGCCUGGAAGCAGCUGGGCGAAUUUGGAACAAGGUUUACAGGCAGCUCCCGCGGUUGGGCCUCGCAGACAAGCAGAUCGGCCGGGUCCUCCGCGCAACUGUGGAGGCCUGCCUCUUCUGGGGCUGCGACGCGGGCAAAGCACCCGGCAGCAGCGGUGGUCAGCGCAUCGCUGAGAUUGUGGCCUACACAGACAUUCCCACGCCCGACUGGCACGCGCGCUGGGCGGACGUCGCCGCAGAUGCCGAAGGUCGACGAUGGCGACAAGUGGCGGGCCGCUGGGUCAAGGACCACAUGGCCCGCGAGCACGCGGCGGAAUGGCGCCGGAAGCACGCGGCUGAUCAGAUGCCUCGCCCCGCUCGCCUCCCCGCGGAAGUCCCGGGCGCCGCCCGCUUUCCCUCGGGCAAGUGCGAAUGCGCGCAUUGCGGCAGUCACAUGGGCCCGCGGUCCAUCCGCUCCCACGUGGAGCCCUGCGCCCUCCUCCCCGCGGAG